AGUUUAUGUCACACACAUUACUCAAAAUACAAAAAUAAAUUCUCUAAUUUUCUGGCUGCAUUAAAUUGCCUGUCUUGGCGGAUCAUCAGCACAAAAUUAGUAGCAUAAUGAAUAGAAUCUGGAGUCAGUUCCGUGGUGGCUGCAUACUGCGCGGCAAUUUGAUCAAAUUCAACAAUAGCAUGACCAGCCAGAUUGAAACUAAUCUGAAAUUCGAGGAUCUGCUGACGGAACGACAUCAACUGGCGGCACUCACGCGCAUGCUAACCAGUAAGGUUCGGGGACUCGAGAGGAUGGUAAGCGACUUGACGCGUGACAUAAAGCGCUUGGAGUUUGACAGGAACCUAGAAAUGGAAGCGAAAGAGCAAGCGAAAACAGCAAAAGCAACAGCCGAGAGCCAGAUGGAAGCAAGCCCCACCUCGCCACCUGCUGCGCCAGCAGAGAAGAAAAAAAUCACCCAAUGUCGUUGAUUUCAGUGGCUGCAAAA